AUGGUGAAAAAGUUUCCGUUUUAUGUGUAUUUUUAUANAGUAGCGCAACAGACAUGGAACGUUUUCUUGGACAGCGACAUCGACCCCGUAGUGGAAGUAAUCAGUCAAAGAAUCGCGGACAUCACUGGAUUAGAUAUGUCCACGGCUGAAGGACUACAGGUAGCUAAUUACGGGAUGGGUGGACAAUAUGAGCCACAUUUUGAUUUUGCCCGGAGGAGAGAAACCCACGCUUUUAGUGAUGCUAUAGGAAAUAGAAUAGCCACAGUUCUGUUUUAUAUGACAGACGUGGAAGCAGGGGGCGCCACAGUAUUUCCCAAACUAGGAGUUAAAGUUUUCCCUAAAAAGGGAUCUGCAGCAUUCUGGUACAAUCUCAGACGGAGUGGUAUUGGCGACUACCGUACAAGACAUGCCGCGUGUCCGGUGCUGUCUGGGGCCAAAUGGGUUUGCAAUAAAUGGCUGCAUGAAAGAGGACAGGAAUUAAGGCGAACGUGUUCAACCAAUCCUAAGGAAUAAUCACAGCGGCUAUGCAUACCAUAUUUGUUCGAUCCAGGAACUCAAACCAGACUCGCAAUACUCAAUGCAAUUUAUAUUCUUGAAGUUCAUUUUAGUGUAGAUAUGCAUCACUAGAGCUUUCACUGCAAGACUGCCAAAAUGUUUGCUUUCAUAUAUAUUUUAAGUGUGAAACGCACAUGAUAUCUGCUAUCAUACAGUGGACUCAAUAAACUAUAUAUUUUCUUUAUUUAACUGAUUAUUUGACAUCAUUAAUAUAUAGGAUGGCAAAAUGUACUUCUUAAAAAGUUAUCUUUGUUUAAAAGAAUUUUUUAAUAUAUUUUGUCAUAAUGACAAGCCCUGAACAAGAAUGGGCAAUCAAAAACCGUUUUAAGACGAACCAUGCACGGAAGGAGACAGUUUUGUCGUUGGUCUGCUCCUAUUAUAUGGAUACUUUUAAAACAGUUUCUGGUAUCAUGCCAUACGUUAUAUUGGCACU